CAUUGGUGUUAUAGCUCAUAACAGUCAAGGCCAAAGAGUGGUCAGAGAGGGUAAAGCGGUAAAAGUUAAGGAUACUUUGACAGCAGAAGCUCUGGCUCUGAAGGUGCCUUCUCGGCUAGCAGGGAAUGCUUUAGAAGGGUUGCGGUUGACUGAGCUUCUGCAGUUACUGUUGCUGACGUAGAAGGGAAGGCUCAACCUCAGAAGUGGAAGAUUGCCCUUAUUAUUUCAGAGUUCAGCAAUUGCCCCAAUCAUUUCAGAGUUAGUUUACCAUAAUGCGUAAGUCCAAUCAGGCUGCUGAUUGAGUUGCUAGGCAGUCGAAACAGGGAUGUGCCCAAAAGGUUGCUAAGCAGUUGAAACAGGGGAUAUGGCUCAACAGAACCCCCAUUAUGAGUAAAGAUGGUCUUCGUCAUGAGUUGUUCCUGGCUGAUUGUUACGAGUUGCUUUGGCAUUCUCUUCAUGGCUUCAGUCGUUGUACAAGUGCUUGUGUUCUUUUUAAGUAAUAAACAUCAUUCUUCCUUUGUAAAAACGAAAAAAAAAAAUUUACAACUAUAAUUUGUCCAUCUUGGCACAUGUCUGACGAUUGGAGCAGCCUAUUUGAUCCCCAUAUUUCAAGAAGAAGAAAAAAGAAAUUUCUUCGAGGCAAUGUUUCCGACCUUCAGUCAGAGUCUUUGAAAAGUCCUUCAAAUAGGCAAAGGGGUCCAACUCGAAGGCGCUGCCUUUCAAAAAAUGCCCCUUCGAUGCAGCAUCCAAACGCUGUCCUAAGAUAUAGCUUUACAUUUGCAUUUACGCGGCACUUCCAUUGCAAACUGCGGACCAUGAUCUCCCAGGAAUAGAACAGAACAAAAAACCCAAAAAGGCCAAAGGGAAAAAGCCGAGGACCAAUUCUGAAGAUAAAAUACGUACUUUUAAUUGUAAGACCAAACGGCAAUCUGACUGACAUGUCAGACAUUAGUUUAGUUUCCGUUGGUUUCGGUUAUAUAAACUGAAGUCUCCCAAAAAACACACGGUCUUAACCAAAGAAAUUCAGGCACAUUCGCAAGGCACAGAGAGAACAGACAAGAGAGAGAUACAAAAAUCUUUUUUACCUUUUUUUUCUUUCUUGUCUUUUUCUUUUGUUCAUUCAACAACAGGAAAUUUUGAAUCUGUCUUUAGCUUGUCUCGUCAACGUCAUUAGACAAUGUUAAUUUUGUCUGCAAACAAAGCCUCCAUUUUCCCUGUUCCGAUGUUGGCGCAGUUACAUGUAUAGAUCUUGUUUUGCAGAAUUUUGAUGUGAUGAAAUAAAAGAGAGAAAUUUAAAGAAAAGUUGGUGUUUUUCUUUUUAUUUUUUGGCUGGGCUUUUGUCUAUCUGUUGAAAUUUUUUAUGAUUUAUAGGAUUUGGAUCUAAUUGUAAAGAGAAUAAAGAAGAAAUGGGGGUGGAUUAUUAUAAUAUAUUGAAGGUGAACAAGAAUGCAACAGAUGAUGAUCUCAAAAAAUCAUACAGGAGAUUGGCAAUGAAAUGGCAUCCCGACAAGAACCCAAACAACAAGAAGGAAGCUGAAGCCAAAUUCAAGCAGAUCUCUGAGGCCUAUGAGGUCCUGAGUGACCCUCAAAAAAGAGCAGUUUAUGAUCAGUAUGGUGAAGAAGGCUUGAAAGACAUGCCACCACCAGGCAGCAGCGGACCAUCAUUUGGAAAUGGCACUGGUGGUCUAAAUGGGUUUAAUCCUAGGAAUGCGGAGGACAUCUUUGCAGAGUUCUUUGGGAGUAGUCCUUUUGGAUUUGGGUCAUCAGGACCUGGUAGGUCUUCAAGAUUCCAUUCUGAUGGAGGGAUGUAUGGAGGAUUUGGUUCGACUGACAACAUUUUUCGAACUUACAGUGAGGGGACUGUACCCAGGAAACCUCCCCCAGUUGAGAGCAAAUUGCCUUGCAGCCUUGAGGAGCUUUACACUGGAUCAACGAGGAAGAUGAAGAUUUCUAGAACUGUUGUCAAUUCGGCUGGGCGGCAAGUACAGGAAACAGAAAUAUUAACCAUUGAUGUGAAGCCAGGGUGGAAGAAAGGAACGAAGAUUACUUUCCCAGAUAAAGGGAAUGAGCAACCAAAUCAGCUUCCAGCAGACCUUGUAUUUGUCAUUGAUGAGAAACCCCAUGAUUUUUACAAAAGAGAUGGCAACGACCUUGUUGUCAACCAAAGGGUGUCACUAGCAGAGGCACUUGGGGGCACAACGGUAAAUCUCGUUACUCUGGAUGGGCGUAGUUUGUCAUUGCCUGUGACCGAUAUUAUCAGCCCUGGUUAUGAACUUGUUGUUGCCAGGGAAGGAAUGCCUAUAGCAAAGGAGCCUGGUAAUAGAGGUGAUCUUAGAAUCAAAUUUGAGGUGAAGUUCCCGACAAGGUUGACUCCAGAGCAACGAGCCGGACUCAAACGUGCUCUAGGGGGUUGAAGUAGGAAGUAUUCCAUAUGUACCAAAACCAUUAUUUCCAGGCAGGACUUAAACACCGAAGCUGUCUCUGUUAGAGUAAUUGACUGGCAUCUUCAACAGGGAGAGUUACCUUGCCUGUGUAUCAUAGUUUACCGCCCGAUCAUCGUGUUGGGUACAUUGAACUUGCCUCAAUCAGUAUCUUCCAACUCCUUUUGGCCAAAAAAUAUCCCACCCCCGUCACCUAAUAUUCAUUUUGUUUUUAUUUUUAUUAUUUUUAUUUUUAUUAUUUUCUUUCCCAUCGUUUGUUUUGUUUAAUUGCUUAGAUUCUAUACAAGUAAGGCGUUGAAAUUCUCAUUUUCCAUACAAGAUAUCCAUCUGCAACAUGUAUAAUCCAUUCUCCAGUCCAUCUGUAAUUGUAACUUUUCGAAGUGAUAAUAUAUGGAUUUAUUCAACAAGCC